AUGCCAAAUAGCUAUUAAGGAAGUUUACCUUUAGGAAGUAACUUUUUUAAUUUAUUUUUUAAAAAUUUUAUUUUAAAAGAUUUUUCCUAAUGUAUUUUUGGGUGGUUUUUAACAUGGCCUGUGCACAAAAAAAGUAAAUUUGUUCCUUUUAAAUAUUAAAUUCAUUUAUUGUUUUUUUAAAAAAUAAACAAUUAUUUAUAGCUACUUUAAAAAGGAAUUACAAAUAUUUUAAAUAUCACUUCUUAAGAAUAUAAAAAAAGAACAAAAUAUUUCAAAUAUUUAAAUAUAGAUGUAUAAAACAAAAGCGAUGAAGAUAUUAAAAAGCAUUUCAGAAUUACUAAUAGAUUUUUAUAAGAAGUAAUGCAUUUUUAUUUUUUUAUUUUUUAUUUUUUUUAAGUGUAUAGAUUAAGGAGGUAAAGUAUUUAUACAUGA